AUGUGUUGUAAUUUUCGGUUCUUAUCAUCUUCGAAGAACAAUAACUCUGACCACAAACAAGUACCCAGGAACUUGAUUCAAGUACGUUUCAGCCCAAAAAAAUUCCACUUUCAUGCUUUGUUGAUUUCGGGAGCCUCAAGUGGCCUUGGGACUGAAACUUCAGUUCACGAGUUCUUGCAUUUUGUAGGCUCCAUGUACUUAUGUUUGUUAGGAAUACGUCGGCAGGAGGAUUUGAAUGAGUUAGUUGGAGACGUUGAGUACAGGUUUGGGAAGUGGAAAGGCUCAACAAGGUUACUGCUUUUGGAUGAGAAACAUGCCUAUAAGGCGUUCGAUGAAAUGCCCGAUCCGAUUAAGGGUUUAAUCACAAAGGAGAGAGGUUGUAUUGACUCAGCAGUUGCACCAUUUACUAAAGAUAUUGGACCUCCAUGAGGGAUCGGAUCUUCUUGAAGUGGUGCUUAGAGCCAUACGAGACUCAGAUUCCACUAAACCUGCUAUUUUCGGCAUGUCCAAUCCCACUUUGAAUGGAUUGUCUUUCUGAAUCCAUUAUUCGAAUAAUAUUUUUGAAGGACAAUGGGGGUAUUUUGGUCAUUUGGCAAAAUAAAAAUGAAUAAUGAAAUGAAAUUCCUUCCACCCAAUCUUAGGAACAAUGAACAAAAAGGAAUCACGAAUUCCAAUUCUCUCAGAUUCCCUUAGAAUCCGUAUGAAAAUAUAGCUUUUGGAAGUGGAAGCCCUUUUGAGCAUGUUGAUCUCCGUAGGAAGAGCUGAAAGACAUCACCAGGUAUGGGUCAAAGGAAUUCUUUGUUGAUGAGAAUGAUCAGGCUAUGAAAUCAAGACAAAUCCAAUACCAUGAUGCUGCAAUAGAUGGAGAGUCAAGUAGAGGUAUUGUCCAUCGCUGUAAAUGGAUACCAUAAGGUUGUGAAAGAAAACCAGACUUUAUACAACAUGGUCGAAGAUUUAAAAGGAAACAUUCAGGUUUACUGCAGGAUUAGACCUGCAUUACAUUUAGAACUGACACAAAGAACGUGCUCGAUUACAUUGAAGAAGAUGGGUCAUUAGUGGUUUUAGAUCCUUUAAAACAUCAUAAAGAUGGAAAAAGUUGUUUCAAUUCAACCGUGUUUUUGGUCCAACUGGUACUCAAGAGGAGGUUUUUUGCCGACAAGAGAAAAAAACCAAACACAGCGCCAACGGCGCGCAUGAUUCCCUUCUAGUUCAUAUAUGAAUAACAAAUGAACUGUAACAAAAUUAUGAUAAAUGUGUUCUUCGUAUGUAAAUAUAACUUGUGGGGAAAGCUAAUACACAUUUUAUUCAUAUGUGAAUAUAAAAUGUGACGAGAGUUGAUGUAAACUGUACAAAGUUUAUUAUAUGUUAUAUUCAUAUAUGAAUGAUAUACGUUUUAUUCAUAUGUGAAUAUAAAAUGUGGCGAGAGUUGAUGUAAACUGUACAGAG